UUAAGCUCCUUAGUUUUAUUUCUGACUUCAGCAAAGAUGAGUCACGGAGACCGUUACACCUCGUCGUCCUACCGGAAGAUUUUCGGGGAUUCUCCCAAGUUCCCCGUGGCCUCCUCCCGCAUGGGCAGCGCCUCUCACCGGGCUCCCCGGGGCUCCGGGCCAUGGCUGGCUCCCGCAACUGCGGGUCCUCCCUGAGCCUGUACAGACGGAUCGGCCGCUCCACCUCUUACUCUCCGGUACCCAGUGACUCCCUUGACUUGACCCAGACCUCCGUGGUCAACAAUGAAUUCAAAGUUAUUAGAACUAACGAGAAGGAGCAGCUGCAGGGCCUGAACGACCGCUUCGCCGUCUUCAUUGAUAAAGUGCGCCACCUGGAGCAGCAGAACAAGGUGCUGGAGGUGGAGCUGGUGGCGCUGCGGCAGAAGCAGGGCGAGCCGUCCCGCGUGGCUCACCUCUACCAGCAGGAGCUGAUAGAACUACGCUCGCAGGUGGAUGAGCUGAGCCGGGACAAGAACCGCAUCCUGAUAGAAAGGAACAACAUGGAGGACGAGCUGCAGUCUCUGCGAAGGGUUUUCUACCAGCUUCUCUACGUGAUCCUGAUGAUGAAUAAAGGCAAACAGGGGAAGCCCUCCCUCCUCGUACCCAGCCAAGCCAUCCUUUCCACCCGGGACCAGGCCAUCCAUUUUGUUUGUCAUCUUGUAGAUGAGCUGAAAGACCUGGCGCUGCCUUUCCUGCAUAUCCUCCUGCAGCAUAUCUGCUUCCAGAUGGUGGAGAAGAGUGAGUUUCGAAGCCAUGGAGCCCAGGCUGUGGGUAUGCUGACGUCUCAGAUGGCAAGUACAGACUAUGCCUGCUUCAUCAAGUGGCUGUUUAACUACUCCAGACACUCAAAGAUGGUGUGCCGGCUGUUUUCCGUGGAUGUGGUGAUGGUUUUGCUGGAGCAGCCAGAGAGGAGGCCGGAAGAGUGUCUGGACCCAGAGCUCACCUGCUUCCUGCCACACAAGUUCUUGAUCCAGAGCCUGCUGUUUGCUCGGCGGAUGGACGACUCGCCCACUGUUCAAGGCCACGCCCUCGCCUGCCUGGCCCAGUGUCUGGAGCUGCCUUCUUUCAACGUCACGCGGGCUGUCCACAACCUCUUCUCUGCUACUGGAACCCAGACAGUACUGGAAGGUGAAAUUACAGAAGGAGGUUCCCAGAACAGUCAGAAAACCUACAGCACUCUGCCGUUCAGGACUGUGGAGAUGAGCACCACUGACGUCUCCGACUGUGACGCAAAAGAGAACCUGGCUCUUCUCCUGAAGCGUGUAAAAGAUUUGAAGACUAACGUGAGAAAAUCAGCAUUGCAGGCCCUUGUGGGUCUCCUGAAACACAACGUAAUCCCCAUGAGCUGGGAGAACCUGGCUAUACUGUCAGAGCGGUGCAGAGACCCAGCUGUUUCUGUGAAGAAGAAGGCCCUGCAGUGUAUAGGAGAGCUGCUGACUGCUAAACCAGAGUGCAGUGUGGUGCAGAAGGCAUGGCUUCAGGGCGUGGUGCCAGCUGUGGUAGACUCUGAAAACUCUGUGCAGGACAAGGCCCUGGAGGCUCUGGACCAAGUUCUGCUAAGCCAGGUCAAACCGUACUCUGCCAGUCGCCACCUGGAUGCCAGUCAGAGGCUGACCUGGGACCUGCUAGCCCUGCUCUGUCAUGACUGCCAGAACCUCAGAUUGAAAUAG